AUGGGUGUCCUCGGUGAGCUUGCCGGCCCUGCGGCCGAGUGGUACUCGUCCGCCUCCACUGUCACUCAAGUCUCUGUCGGCUUCGCUGCCGUCUUCUUCGCGUCCAUCUUCCUCAACGUCCUGAGGCAGCUUCUGCUCAAGGACCCCAAGAAGCCUCCCGUCGUCUUCCACUUCGUGCCGUUCAUCGGCAGCACCGUCACCUAUGGCAUGGACCCGUACAAGUUCUUCUUUUCGAACCGCCAGAAGUACGGCGAUGUCUUCACCUUCAUUCUGCUCGGCAAGCCGACCACCGUCUGCCUGGGCACUAAGGGCAACGACUUCAUCCUGAACGGCAAGCUCAAGGACGUCAAUGCCGAGGAGAUCUACAGCCCUCUCACCACUCCGGUUUUCGGCAAGGAUGUCGUCUACGACUGCCCCAACUCCAAGCUCAUGGAGCAGAAGAAGUUCGUCAAGUUCGGCCUGACCAGCGACGCUCUCCGGUCCUACGUCGACCUGAUCACCUCCGAGGUCCAGGACUACGUCAAGCGCACCCCCAACUUCAAGGGCGAAAUCGGCACCAUUGAUGUCCCGCAGACCAUGGCCGAAAUCACCAUCUUUACCGCCUCGCGCUCGCUGCAGGGCCGGGAGGUGCGUGAGAAAUUCGAUGCCUCGUUCGCCGAUCUGUACCACGACCUGGACAUGGGCUUCACUCCGAUCAACUUCAUGCUUCCCUGGGCCCCUCUGCCCCAGAACAGGCGCCGCGACUUCGCGCACAACAAGAUGGUUGAGGUCUACACGGACAUCAUCAAGGCCAGAAGGGAGGGUAAGGUGCAGAAGGAGGAGGAAGACAUGAUCUGGAACCUGAUGGGCUCGACGUACAAGAACGGCACUCCUCUGCCCGACCGGGAGAUUGCUUGCAUGAUGAUUGCGCUUCUCAUGGCCGGCCAGCACUCUUCGUCGUCUACCAUUUCCUGGAUUGUGCUUCGUCUCGCCUCGCGGCCGGACAUCACCGAGGAGCUGCUCGAAGAGCAGAGACAGGUGCUGGGAUCCGACCUUCCUCCGCUCAAGCACGAGGAUCUUGCGAAACUGCCUCUCCACCAGCAGGUGGUCAAGGAGACGCUCCGCAUCCACGCCCCGAUCCACAGCAUCAUGCGCAAGGUCAAGAACGACAUGUUGAUCGAGUCCAACCGCGGCAAGACGUACACGAUCCCCAGCGGCCACGUCCUCCUCGCCUCUCCUGGUGUUUCGGCCACGUCGGACGAGCACUUCCCCAACCCUCAGCAUUGGGACCCGCACCGCUGGGACGGCAAGCCGACGAGCAACGAUUCGGCCGAUGACGAACAGAUCGACUACGGUUUCGGCAUGGUGUCCAAGGGCACCAACAGCCCCUACCUGCCCUUCGGCGCCGGCCGUCACAGGUGCAUUGGCGAGCAAUUCGCGUACGUGCAGCUGCAGACGAUCCUCGGCAACCUGGUCCGCGAGUUCAAGUUCAGGAACAUUGACAACUCGAACAACGUGGUCGGCACCGACUUUUCGUCCAUGUUCUCGCAGCCGCUCAGGCCUGCCGUGGUGGUUUGGGAGAGGAGGGAGAAGGCGUAG